CUCUCGUGGAGCAGGCAGCGCGUUCCCCCGGGAGGGGAGGCUGAGCUCGAGACAGCCCGACGGUCAAAGUAAAGUUAACAGACCCUGCAGUUAUGGUAUCUGUGUUACUUGGGUCACUUUUUCAAACAGCAAAUUUAACUGUGUAAACGUUUUUUUAAUUAUUUUUUUUUUCAACGUAAAGUUUUUUGUGCCGGUCCCGCUCGAGCUGCAACUUCAGGACCACCGGCUGUCCAGCUGUCGGUGUGCGGACUGACCGACCUCCAGACGACGGGAUCUCUCCGCGAUGAAUGACUUUAAAGAGGCUGCAGUGGAAUGCACCGGGCCGGGGAUGUGAACCAUGGCCUGGAGAGUGUGGUCAAAGCUCUGCUGUGGUCAAAAAUGGCUGCUCCUCCUCUCCCCCGUCUUCCUCCUCUUCCUCACGAUCUCCGUGAUGACAAUGACUCUCCCCCUUCCUUUGCCGCCUGCUGACAUUGACCGACGGUCGUCUCGUGCCCUGAGCUCCGCCAGCGAGUUCAGAUCCAGGAUCAGGGUCGUGGAGCUCCCUCUAGCCGCUGCCUUUCAGCAACCACUCACUCACUCCAGGGCCUGGAAAUCAAGUGCUCGAAAAGAGACAUCUAAACAUUCAGUGGAACCUAAAUCUUUUGGGGACGCUGCUGGCAAUGACAAAAAAAGCAUCAAAGAGAGAAGUCAUGCAGACUUGAGUAGAAAUAAACACAAAAGCAAAGGCAUUGCCUCCAAAAGAAAAGAGAUGCCAGGCGCCGUCCAGCAUUCAACCAGUCAUCACCAUCCCAACCUCCCAGAGUUUACAGUCAACAAUACAGGGCCUAAGCAUAGAAUUAAACCAGGCAACCACAGUGCUGUGGAAAAACACACUGCACAAGCAUACAUUCAUCUUGAAAGGAGAAAAUCCAUAGCAGCACAUAUCCCUGCUCCAGCAGAUACUCUAAUAAGUGACAGAGAGGGUGCAGACAGACAGGCAGGCAGAUGGGAGGAUAGACACAAAGACAGGAACGCAGACACACAAAUACAUAGCAGUCAUACAAGUGCGAAGCUGGUUGAACAUCACCAGGCUUUGGAAAAACAAAGACAGCACUCUGGGAAAUCUGACAAAGUCAGUAAGGAACAGCAGGCUGUGAAAAAGCCCUCCAGGGAUCUCCGAAAACGCCAUAAUCUCUCAAAGGAUCCCUCAGAAGCGAAGAAGAAUCCUGGGUUGUUGGACCAUAGAAAGGUUUUGUCCAAACCUGAGGCGGCCGUAAAGAAAGAUGACGGUGGCUGGUGUCAGAGCUUUACAGAGCACGACUUCCCAGACAGUGACCACAGGAGGAUCAGGAUUAGUCCAGAUCUUCAGUCUACUCACUGGUUCAGCGAGGAUGACGUCCAGAAGAUGGUGCUCCUCGCUGGGGGUGAGGUGGUCAGUAAGGCCAGGGUGCCUGCACAUGGACAGGUGCUACAAGUGGCCAUGGAUCCUACCACACAGCAGCAGACAUCACUGAAGAAGGAUGUCCCUCAGCCUGGACCCGGCCACAGACAUCCAGAAACCCACAGUGAGCGCUGCCAGCAGGGGCACUGCUCCCUCAUCAAACGCACAGAUGACUGGUUCGAAGUGUUUGCCUUCCACCUGGACAGGGUGCUGGGUCUCAACAGAAGUCUCCCCGCGGUUCUGAGGACAUUCCACAGUGAGAUCCUGCCGUAUCGAUACAUCAGCGGCGUCCCCAGACCUGUGGUGUGGUGGGAUCCAGAUAUUCAGCACCUGGCGGAUAGAGACAAUGACCAGAACUCACUGCCGCUCCGAUGGGUCCAAUACCAGAAGCUCCUGCAGGUCCACUGUGGGCUUGAAGCAGACCUUAGGUCAGCGCCCUGUGUGGGUGUUCACCAUUCAGAAUGGGGGAGACUGGCUCUCUUUGACUUCUUAUUGCAGGUCAGCGACCGGCUCGACAGGUACUGCUGUGGUUUCACACCUGAUCCAACAGAACUGUGUGUGGAAAACCUGCUGCACACCAAGUGUGGCAACACCAAGGACCUGCUGCUGGUUCACAUCCUGGUGAGGAAGGCAGAUCCCUCCAGACUGGUGUUCAUAGACAAUGCUGGCAGACCACAUCAGUCCAGUGACAACCUCAAUUUCAGGCUGGUUGAGGGCAUCGAUGAGUUUCCAGAGAGAGCGGUGUCUGUGCUCCAGUCCGGCUGUCUGGAAAGUCUUCUUCUACGCUCCCUCUACACAGACAGGGAAUUCUGGGACAGCCAAGGCGGGGCCAGCGGUCUCAGGCCUCUCAUCCGCACUGUGGAGCGCAGAGGGAAGAUUCUCCUCCAGCACAUCAGGGAUAAGAAACUACAGCUCAAGAGGGACCUGUGACUGAGCUGACGGAGCAAACAGACC